AUGGCAGAUGAAGCAUACCAUUCCGAUGACGAAGCUCCACUGCCCGCAUGCUUUACCCUGAAAGAUGAACCAUCAGAUGACGAAGCUCCCCUCCCCACGCCCUUCAUUCUAGAAAACGAGGACGCAUCUUCCCCCGCCAACGACCAUACAGCAGACACAGACAACGAACAAGACACCAACGAAGAAAACACCAACGACUGCGACGACACCCCGCUAUCUCCCGCCAGCGUCUCAGACUGGUCAGAACCAGACUCGGAUGACGAUCCCCUUGCUGUCUCGCUCGAAGAGGCGGCUGAUAGGCAUUUCGCUGCGGAAGUGCAGGCGCGGAUUGAGGCGGAGGAAAGACCUGUUCGGAAGGCGGGGGCUGGGGGUGAGAUAGUUCGGGAUGGGGGUGGGUGUGAAGCGGAGACGUUGGAUGUCGAAGCACCGGAUACGGCGCGGAUUGAUGAGCACCAAGAAACAUCUACUGGGAAGCUACCACAAGAUAUGGAGGAACAACUAGCCCAGAAACUGCAAGCGGAAAGACCAGAAUCCGACACUGGCAGUGACGAUAGCGUAUCUGUCUCUUCCUCAACACAAGACCGAGAAAUCGCAGAUCUGGAGAAGAAGGCAGAGACCCUGGGUGAACUGAUGGAAUACCUCCGCUCCAAUGCCCCGCGACUAAAAGAUCUGCAAGGUGUGGUUAUCGACGACGAAACGUCUAUCCUCGACUAG